AUGGCGGCGGCGGUGACCUUCUGCCGGCUCUUCCUGAGCCGCGGGGCCGCGCUGCACUUGCCCCAGGCCGCCAGGUGCUUUGGCGUGCGGACGUCUCCGACGGGGGAGAAGAUCACACACACGGGCCAGGUUUAUGAUGCUGAAGAUUAUAGGCAAAUCCGGUUUGUGGGUCGUCAGAAAGAGGCUCUGAAUUCUCAUUCCCGCUUCCUCUCCGAGGGCUAA